AGAGGCUCUUUGGAGCCGCGAGGCAGACGUGAUGGACUCUCCCCUCGGAAAGUGACAGGAGUCUCCUGCAGGGUUAUAAGGAACAGGCACACAAUGGUGGCACAGGAGAGCAUUCUGGGAAUGGCACACCACUGAGGGAACUACUCUUCCAAACUUCUGCAGGAUCAAGCACCUUCUUUCCCCUUGCAGAGUUACUUGAUUUUUUUUUUUUUUUACAUGUUUGUACACUUGUAGGAGCUGCACUUUAAACCUGCAGGGACGCUACAACUGACCAGAUCUGCUUCCUACACACAGCGUGGGUGUCAGAUUUCUGAGGGCUCCCGACGACUGACCUCUUUUUAAUUGACGAAGAGGACACCGAGUGACAGAUAGUGUGGGAGUGAGGGAAGCGAGAGAGAGAGAGAGAGAGAGAGAGAGAAACAGAGGGAGGCAAAACCACAGGUCGGCUUUUGCUCUCUGUGAUGACUCUUAUCUCGGAGGGACUUCAAUCAACACUGCCAGGGCGGCGAGAGAUUUAAGGGGGAAGGAGAGCUCUGCCUCAAAUUAUCUGCUUGUUCAGGUACGCGCGACAGGUACGCCCACUCGCCAUGAGGCUCGCGGCGGCGGUGGUUCUGGCGGUCCUGGUUCUGGCGUCGGGGCGGGGCUGCUGGGCGGAGCACGCGCAGGAGUUCCAGAGCAGCGACGAGGGCUGGGAGCGGGAGUUCCUGUACGCCCAGCGGGGCAAGCGCGCCGCCGACCCCGCCCCCGCGCCCGACAAGUGCUCCUACACCUUCAUCGUGCCGCAGCAGAAGGUGACGGGCGCCAUCUGCGUCAACUCCAAGGAGCCGGACGCGCUGCUGGAGAACCGCGUCAACAAGCAGGAGCUGGAGCUGCUGAACGGCGAGCUGCUGAAGCAGAAGCGGCAGAUCGAGACGCUGCAGCAGCUGGUGGAGGUGGACGGCGGCAUCGUCAACGAGGUCAAGCUGCUGCGCAAGGAGAGCCGCAACAUGAACUCGCGCGUGACGCAGCUCUACAUGCAGCUGCUGCACGAGAUCAUCCGCAAGCGCGACAACGCGCUGGAGCUCUCGCAGCUGGAGAACCGCAUCCUCAACCACACGUCCGACAUGCUGCAGCUCACCAACCGCUACAAGGACCUGGAGCACAAGUACCAGCACCUGGCGGCGCUGGCCAGCAACCAGUCCAUCCUCAUUGCCCAGCUGGAGGAGCACUGCCGGAGGGGGCCCCCCCUCCCUGCGCGCCCCGCACCCCAGCCCCCGCCCCAGCCCUCCCCGCCGAUCAGCAAGCCCUACCAGCCGCCCACCUACACCCGCAUCACCAACCAGAUCACCAACGAGAUCCAGAGCGACCAGAACCUCAAGGUCCCGCCGCCUCCGCUACCCACGAUGCCGAGCGGCACUCACAGCCCCUCUACCACCAACAAGCCUUCCGGCCCCUUUAAGGACUGCCUGCACGUGCUGGAGGAGGGUCACGGCAACAGCGGCAUGUACCUGGUGAAGCCGGAGAACGCCAAUCGGCUGAUGCAGGUGUGGUGCGACCAGAGGCACGACCCCGGUGGCUGGACCGUCAUCCAGAGGCGGCAGGACGGCUCCGUGAACUUCUUCAGGAACUGGGAGACGUACAAGCAAGGUUUCGGGAACAUCGACGGUGAGUACUGGCUGGGUCUGGAGAACAUCUACUGGCUGACCAACCAGGGCAACUACAAGCUGCUGGUGACACUGGAGGACUGGUCUGGCAGGAAGGUGUUUGCCGAGUACGCCAGCUUCCGCAUCGAGUCCGAGGCCGAGUUCUACAAGCUGAGGGUGGGCCGCUACCACGGCAACGCCGGCGACUCCCUCACCUGGCACAACGGGAAGCAGUUCACCACGCUGGACAGAGACCACGACGUGUACACAGGUAACUGUGCCCAUUACCAGAAAGGAGGGUGGUGGUACAACGCCUGCGCCCACUCGAACCUGAACGGGGUGUGGUAUCGAGGUGGCCACUACCGCAGCCGCUACCAGGACGGGGUGUACUGGGCGGAGUUCCGGGGCGGGGCUUACUCCCUGAAGAAGGUGGUCAUGAUGAUCCGACCCAACCCCAACACCUUCCAUUAAACAGCCGUGAAGAACCAAUCCCAAACCAGCAACCAAAAAAAAAAGCAGUUUUACGGUGGCUUUCCCUCUCCCAGCAUCCUCCCCACUCACUCUUUAAGUGCAAUUCAUACAAUACAGCAUUUCAGCUUUUUAUUUUUGUUGUUUUCUUUUUUCAUAUUUCAUUUCUAUAUCCUUUUUGUCUCAAAAGUAUCUACAUAAAACAGUGUGGAAGGGCGACAAGUGCUACACUGCCAGGGUUACAGACACUGUGGGAUUUCCUGGCUCUAGCGCCCUCUAGCAGAACUCCCUGGACAUCUCAGGAAAGAGGAACUAUGGGAGGUGCUUUCUGAUUGGCCAGUAAAGCCUAGCCCCGCCUCAGUGGAACACUUAAUAUUCAUCUUGGACUGAGGAGAGCCAGAUCUUUUUUCGCUUGUUGUUUUCUUAUUCUGGGUUCCGCCCAGAGAGGCAUUACAGCGAACACUCGAUGACUGAAUGAAAAAAUCUGAACGCGUUUAUUCAGUUCCACCACGUUAAACCCUCUCUAAUCCCAGCAAAUCUCACAAGCGUCACGCAAAGCAAAAGUCUGUGUCAUCCAUCACACUUGCAACCUGUUCCGUCUGACACUUGAAAAGAGAGAGACGAGGAGGAAAAUUUUGCAAAAAAAAGAUAUCCAGUGCAGCUUAGCCGUCGUUCAGUUUUGAGCCAGCAGCGUUAUCUUGUAGUCCUGAUGUGUAUGAUACUGCUUUAAAUAAUUAUUUGGAGAAAAUAUGACACAGGAAGGUGUAUCCAGUGACACAGUGUAAAACAUUUGUAGGAAGUUAGCUUCUUUGUUACUGCUAAAAUAUAGUUGUCACAUUUGUGGAUGAGUUUACUAUUUAUUUGGAGAAAGAAAGUGAUUCAAAUGGUUCCAGAAGCACAGUUGGAUCAGUUAUCCUAGUGACAGUUAUCCUUUCAGCCAAUGAGAGAGAGCCUGCUGGUUCUGUCUGUCCUCUGAUGCUUGUAGUGACUUCAGGAGGGAGUUUGGGGCAGGAAGUCAGUCUAAAUGCCUUGAUCACCAUUGCUGAGGCCUGGAAACUCUUGGAAAUGUUUCUUCUGUUUCCCAGAAGACUAUUAGAGAGGAAGUCAGUCCACAACCCAAAGAUCUAGCCCGGUAAGAAACAGACUGUGGGUGAAUUUUCAACAGAAGGGAGGGAGGGAUAAGGCAAAGAAUGGGUUUCAAUAGGCUGCAGCAAAGAGAAUAAGGAAAAUACUUUUUCAGUAAAAAAGAAAACACUGAAUAGGGCACCUGAGCUUCCCUGUCUGAAACUAGGUUGCCCUUGCUAUGAACAAACCUGUCCAGUAUUAUUCAUUAGAGUCUUCCACAGCCACUUUAGGCCUUGUUAUCACACCAUGAAAGCCCUGAUUCAGAUGAUGGGCAUUCAGUACUUUCAGAGAGAAUGCCCAAAUUUCUUCUUUAGCUUGUUCCUUUGACUUUUACGCUAAACUCCAGUGUGCAUCUCUGACAACGAUGCACUGUAUGUACUGUAUAAAUUAAUUGUUGGCAUCAUAUGAAGAUCCAACAUGUCUUCUCUGUACAUAAAAGUCAUGUUGUUUAAAGUAUUUUGUAAUAUAAUGUAUCAAACCUCCCAUGUAC